UUCCGAAUUCAUCAAACACUUUCACCCAAUUCUAGUCUUGCAUUGUUUUCUAGAAAAUAGCUUAACUAAACUCUCAUAAUACCAAAAACAUGAUGAAACAAACUUUCUUCUCCUUUUCACUUCUCUUCCUUUUUGUCCUCCAUUGCACCACAAGUGUAGCCCAGCCAAUCCCAGCUCCAUUACCUCCUCCAACUCCUUCCACCCCCACCGCAUCUCCUCCAGCUCCUCCCCACCCUAAAAGUUCACCUCCAGCUCCUCCCCUCCCUAAAAGUUCACCUCCAGCUUCACUGGUACCCGCUGCUGCUCCAGGUCCAUCUGGCCCCGCCAAUGUCACCAAAAUCCUUGAAAAAGCUAAGGGAUAUUCCAUCUUUAUUCGUCUCCUAAAAUCCACCUCAGUCGGUGAUCAGAUUGAGAAACAACUCAAUGACUCAAGCAAUGGCGUUACCAUCUUUGCACCAACUGAUGGUGCGUUUUCUACUCUCAGUUCAGGCGUUCUCAACUCCUUGAACGACGAGCAAAAGGAAGAACUAAUCCAAUUUCAUGUAAUCUCUUCAUACAUCCCUCUGUCACAGUUUCAAACCGUGAGUAACCCACUAAGAACAAAUGCAGGAGACACAAGUAAAUACACCUUUCCGCUUAAUGUGACCGCUUAUCCAAAUUCAGUGAAUAUAUCAACAGGUAUUACCAACACUAGUUUGUCUGGUACCGUAUACAGUGAUGGGCAGCUUGCAAUUUAUCAAUUAGACAAAGUUCUACUUCCCGUGAACAUUUUUGGCCCCAAGCCUCCGGCACCGGCACCUUCACCAACAAAACGUAAGAAGGAGAACGAUGAUAGCCCUAGCGAUGAUAAUAAUACUGUUACAGAUAGUUCAAGUGAUGAUGGUAAAGUGAACGCCUCAGGUGCAAUUAGCCUCAAGAUCAUGACCAUGCAGAAUAUGGUUUUCUCGGGGGUUGCCAUGGUUGCAGCAAUAGUAUUGUCUCUAUGACGACCAUAAAGAAAUGUGUGCUAUAAGAGUAGUAGUCUAUGAUUUUGCAGAGUCGGAUUGAAGGGUGGUGACGGAAAAUAAAUCGACAUGGUGAGAGCUUUCAAGUAAUUCUCCAUUUCGAUCAGUCCUUUGGGAAUUUGUUUGAUAUUAAUUGCUUGUUUAUGUUUGAGUUUUGAGGAUUUCUUUUAUUAAUUUUCUUUUUUCAUUUUCAGUGAUGUAACAUCUGAAAAUGUACUAUAAAUCUAUUAUGUGCGGCACUUUUUUUUAGAUGCAUGUGUAUUAGGGAUAAAGAUGUUUCAAUGGUUUGUUUUUCUCAUUUAAUGUAAGAUUGUAAGGAAUUUAUAUGUUAAUAUAAAUAAAUAAAGGUCAAUGUGUGUGAUCUUAUCUUAAACGUAAA